UACGAAGUGCUAAGAGCAAAAGGAGGCGUGACUUGUUAUUCCACCGAGGAGAUUUUCUAAUGUGUGAAUUUUGCGGAUUAUGAUUAUUAAUCCGAUUUAUUCAUCGUAGUAGUCGCAAAUCUGCACGAUAGCCGGAGAAAAGGAUUCUUGAGGGGCAAACAUGACUUAAAACUAACCGAGCGACGUUUGCCCAUCACUUGGAAUGACAUCAGUGGUGUCUUCAAACCAUUUCACGCCGACAAUAUGCGACUUAGCCUGGGAAGAUGUGGUUUUUCCAAAUAUUUUGGCCGGCCUGUCCAUCAAGGACUGCUUCAGCCUUCGUUCUGCCUCGAAAGAGUGCCAAUCCAUGGUCGACGAAUACUUUGUCAAAAUCAGACGAGUUGACCUGUCGCAGUACAAAAAUUUUUCUCCAGCUGCUUUUUUGGCACUAGCUUCAAAUGCCAGAAACAUUCGGUAUUUGAAUCUGGCCAACUGCAAAUGGAUGUCAGAUGACCUUUUGAAACCAGUUUUCGAAAACAACAAACACUUGACCUUUGUGAGCCUCAGCUUUUGCACCGGCCUCACUGCUGCUUCCCUUCAACCAUUAAUUUUGAAUUGCAAAGAACUAAAAACUUUGAAACUGCAAAAUUGCCACUGGGUGACGCACGGCAGCAUUGAGGCACUUUCCUUCCACCAGACGGAACUUGAAGAGGUUGACCUGACCUCGUGCUGGGACCUUGGAGACACUGCAAUCAUCUCUCUGCUCGAAAAAUUUAGAAACUUAAAGAUUGUCUGCCUCUGCAACAUUUACUCCAUCACUGACCAAACUCUGUUCGCCAUCUCUAAUUACAGCAAGAAACUUCAGCACCUGAAUCUCAGGGGGUGCUGGCGAAUCACUGAUCUUGGAUUAAGAAUGGUAGGAGAAUACUGCAGAAGUUUGCAGUCUUUGAUGGUGAAGGAGUGCAGAAACGUCACAGAAGUCAGCCUGCAGUCACUCAGAGCGAGAAUGUUCAUUGACAUCCAACCGCUGGAAUCGCGCUACCUUCAGCAAGGUAUUCCGGUUGGACCUUACGGGUACAAUAGAAUCAAUUUGCAGAUUUAACAUUUCAUGACAAUUUAACCUUUUCCCUGAAGCGAAGUUAAAAUUCUCACUCAUUUGUCAUUUGUGUCAGUCAUAAUCACGCUCAAAACGAUAAUUUGCCAUUUUUGUUGCUCAAAAUAUUUAAUUUGAAAUUUUUGAUUGUCGGAGAUUAUACAAUCCAUAAAAGACGCACUGCAAUAAUUUUUCCUUAAAUUAACCAAUGAUGUUUUCAACAUUGAUCUCAUUGAUGUGAGAAUUGUAUGAAUAGUCAUUUUGUAUGUGAUCGGUGUGAUUGUAUUAUUUUCUUAAUUUAAAACUUACUUAAGGUUUCAGUUAUAUUAAUCAAGAUGAUGAUUACUUAAGUGUUUGUGUAUUAUGCAAAGGAUCAUGUAAUUUAGGUUUUUAUUUACUCACAUAAUCGUUUUUGAUGAAAUAAUAUUAAAUUAAUACGAAAAUGCAACAAUAAAUGUUUUAACAAAGUUGAA